UAUAUAUAUAAUAAUAAUAAUAUUAUAUCAUUUAUUGAAUCCUAACUUUGACUCGACAAACACGUAAGAGGAUGAAAAUGUGACGUAUAAACGCCCCAGGACGUCCAUAAAAGGAGUUGUGUUUUAUUCCCAUGGUGCACCUGCGGCACUGAUCUGUGCCUCGUGGUCACGGAGGAAAGAAAGCAGUGACGUGGUGUGGACCUCACGUUUGUUUUUUGAUUUUGGUGCAGAGUGUGUCGUCAUGGCAGCCGAGGACAAAGUCAAAGGAACGGACGUGAUCACCAUUAAACUGCAGAGCAAAGACAGAGACUCUGCGCAGGAGUUUUCUCUCAACAGAGACGCGCCGCUGGCCUCUGUCUUCUCUCAGUAUCUGUCCAGGGUUCCUCCCACCUCUCGCACCAAGGUCGCCUUCUACUUCGACGGCUCCAAAGUGACACGCAGACAGACGCCGGCCCAGCUGGACAUGGAGGACGGAGACAUCGUCGAAGUUUGGACUUAAAGCCUUCUGGAUCCGUUUCCUGUCUUCCAAAAAUGUUGUAGUUUAGUUAUUAACUUUAUUAAAGUCACUUUAUGGUAAACUGA